UCUCCAUAAAAAAAAUGUUUAUCUAUUUUUACGUUGAAGCAGCAUACCGCAGCUAGAUAUAUUUUUCGUCUACUACAUAAUCAUUAAGCAAUUGAAACUCUAAUGCACGACGUUUCCUGACGCGUUGUCAUGCGAGUCUGUACAACGAGACUAUAGGUUUACCACUUGAUGUAUGAUCAUUCAACGACAUGCCGCCAUUGCCAACGGCAAGUAAUUUGUUUGAAUUUAAUACGCGCGCCAUGAUUUGAUUACAUGCUGUCUUUUGACAAAUCCGUCGCAACUCGAAGCGCCAACUCGCGGGAAUAAUUCGUGAUUGUAAUAUUUUAAUGGCGCGGCUGAACGUCGAUUGCUGUGUUUGCGUGUGUGAACGAAGUGUAUCACGCGCUUGAAAAUCGCGGGCCAUUAGUUAUGCAUCACGCACGUGAUCGUCUCGUCUCUCUUUCUCCCUCUCGGCAAACUAGUUGUGUGUCUACUGUCUCGUGACCGCUAGCGCCAAUGACCGUAAACCGACUCGCGCGCGGAAUGAAAAAAAACGAAUGCGCGGCAAAUCCGAUCCGGCCAAUCGAGUACAAUCGUUAACGUGAGAUCGCGCACCUCAUUGGUCAAUACUGAAAUCCCACAUCGUUCCACAUAGCAUAUGGCACGGCUUUAUUUGCCUUCUUUUGGCGCAUGUAGUUCACUUUGAAGAUUUCGACAAUAUUGACUUGUGCGCACGUCUCGAAACAUACUUACUUAUUUAGCUGAUUUUGCAAGUCGAAUUCUCGGAUUACCGACGACUCCGCCAUCUACAAUGGGAGGUAUUGAUACAAACGAGAGGAGCGAGAUGAGAGACCGUUCCAAGUGCGACCCAAAGGAAACGCUGCGGCGGAGGCUGCCGAUCAUCAGCUGGCUACCAUAUUACACAUGGAGCACAUUCUUGCAGGACGCGCUUGCUGGUGCAACUGUUGGACUCACGGUCAUACCUCAAGGCAUCGCCUACGCCGUUGUCGCUGGUUUACCGCCGGUGUAUGGCUUGUACAGUAGUUUUAUGGGAUGUUUUGUGUACAUCUUCUUUGGUAGUACUAAGGACGUAACAGUAGGGCCAACUGCUAUAAUGGGUCUACUUUCAGUGACUUUCGUUCGACAGUACAAUGAAGACUUUGCCGUGCUAUUGUGUUUCGUGUCUGGUAUUGUGAUAACGCUGAUGGGUACGAUGAAGCUGGGCUUCCUUGUCGACUUUAUCAGUAUGCCAGUGAUUAGUGGUUUCACCAAUGCUUCAUCCGUUAUCAUAGCUUCGUCCCAGAUCAACACUUUGUUUGGCAUCAAGGGCCGUAGCGAAGGGUUCAUCGAAGCCAUCGAGAAAUUCAUCAAUGGAUUUAUGGACAUUCAACCGUGGGACACUGUUCUUGGCGUUUCCUCCAUCAUCGUUCUAGUUGUUCUAAAGAAUUUACCAGGCAAAAGGCACGGCAAUGCUUGGCAAAGAAGCUUAUGGAUUUUGUGUUUGGCACGUAAUGCGGUCGUUGUUAUUUUCGGCAUGACACUAGCCUACGGUUUGUCGUUCACGAAGAACGGUGUGCCAUUCGUUAUCACCGGUAACAUCACUGAAGGUCUGCCACCUUUCCAACUGCCUCCCUUCUCUACUACAACGAACGAAACCUAUUACGAUUUUAUGGAUAUGAUGCGCAUUUUCGGUACAAGUUCCAUCUCUGUUCCUCUCAUUGCUCUUCUUGAGAGUAUUGCUAUUGCCAAAGCUUUUGCUAAAGGCAAAACGUUAGACUCUAAUCAAGAGAUGAUUGCCGUGGGUCUGUGCAACGUAUUUGGUAGUUUUGUACGCUCAAUGCCGACAACGGGAAGCUUCACGCGUACCGCCGUGAACAACGCUUCAGGUGUGAAAACGCCUAUGGGUGGUGCAAUCACAGGGUGCUUGGUACUUCUCGCUUGCGGACUGCUUACAUCAACUUUUAAGUUUAUACCCAAAGCUACCCUCGCUGCCGUCAUCAUCGUCGCUAUGUAUUAUAUGCUCGAGAUUAAGCUGUUCAAAGUUUUGUGGGACACCAAAAAAAUCGAUCUGAUACCGCUAGUGGUAACGUUAGUAGCUUGCCUAUCAGUUGGUUUGGAGUAUGGCAUGCUUGUGGGAAUUGCCACAAACCUUGUCCUGUUAUUGUAUGGCACUGCGAGGCCAGGCCUCGUGAUCGAGGAACGUGUUGCCAACGAGAUGCCUAUCUUAUUCGUCUCACCUCAGCAGUCCCUCAGCUUCCCAGCUGCCGAGUACCUCAGGGAACAAGUCAUGUCCUGCUGCGACAUAAUGAAGGACGCAAGCUUGGUGGUGAUAGAUGGGCGUAACGUGACGGGCAUUGAUACAACGGUAGCGAAGAAUCUGUCGUUGCUUCUCUCCGAUCUGGAAUCACGCAAGCUUAAGUUACUCUUUUGGAAUUGGUGUGAGGAUACGCGAAAGACCCUCGUCGCUUUCGACUCGUCGAUGGGGGCGCACUUUCGCAACUCUUCCUCCAUCACACAGCUCGUAUCUGAUGAAAUGGAAACAUCUGAAGCGCCACGGGAGGAAUCCAUGGCUUGAAGAUGCUACACACACAGUUAUGAAGAAAUAUAUAACUUUAUGUGGAAACAGCGACAAGUCUUGCAAUCACGUCGGACCAUUGAGACGAUUACAAUUGGCAGAAUUUUCUCACUGCCGUAGCUACUUGCGCUCGAGUUUUUUCUUUUUUUUAUUUUAUCUCAAAACUUUGUUUCUCCCUUCCGUAUCGGAGAAAAGUAAAUCCCUUUGGCUCUUGUUGAGAUAGCGGAAUGUCGGUCUGCCUUAUAUAGUUAAUUAUAUAGAAUUCGAGUCGAAUGAUCUGUGCGCGUUCGCAGAGUGUGAGUGUUUAUAACUAGAUGAGAAAAUGUAAAAGCGGUCGAUAAUAGAAAUUUAUUUUGGGAAAAAGAUUAGUGGAGUUUUACGAUUUUUCUCAAUUAUGUGUAAAAACUAUUGUUUUUCUAAUACAUUGCCGUGUCAUGUUUUAGAAAUCUUUGGAAAGUCUUUCAGUUAAUUUAUAGAAGAGGUUUAAUUUAGUGAUAGAUAAAAAUAUUUAUUUGUAUUGAGAAAUACUUUUACUACGAUAUUUGACGUAGAGUACUUUUUGUACAGCUUUCUGUAUGCAUACUUUAAUUUUAGUAAUCACGAACGAUGUGUUUAAUAUGAAUUCUUACACCAUAUGUAUAAUAUAUUAUAAGGAGUUUAAUUCCACUAAAUAUAAGUAUUUUAUAAUAAGUAUUUUGAAUAAAGUCUCGUUAAACGCAUGUCGGAAAUUUAAACGUCAAUGCAGACAUUUUUUAUUUUUGUAAAUUUUAUAAAGGAGAGUAGGUGAAUACCUAUGACGUCAUAUAUCUAUAUGAAUAUACAAGAAUUAAUAAAUUGUACCUUCUUUCUAUAUCAGAAAUUUUCAA